AGGAAUUCCCAUAAGGCUUGAGGAAGGGCUCAGCUACUCUUCCAACCAAACUUGCUGACAAAAGGACAUAUCUUAAAUAGCCUUUAAAUGGGAGAGAAAGAGCCAAAUCUAAAGUCUUUGGAUGAUUCAAUGCCUAAAAGCCCGUCAUCAGUGGCUGCGCCUGCAAAAACAGACAUGGCCAAAGCUUCAAUUUCAUCAGCAUUAGCUCCUCAACCUUCUUGGUUCACUGCCAAAAGGUUACUAGCCAUAUUCUGUGUGAUCAACUUGUUAAAUUAUGUGGAUCGUGGAGCUAUUGCGAGCAACGGUGUUAAUGGGAAACGUAGUGAGUGUACUAAGAGCGGUACAUGCUCUUCUGGCAGUGGAAUCCAGGGUGAUUUUAACCUGAACAAUUUUCAGGAUGGUGUUAUAUCAUCUGCUUUCAUGGUUGGGCUUCUCGUGGCAUCUCCAAUAUUUGCCUCCUUAGCCAAGAGUGUUAAUCCAUUUAGACUUAUUGGAGUUGGACUGACAGUCUGGACCUUUGCUACUGCUGGUUGUGGCCUGUCAAUUGAUUUCUGGUCCAUUACCAUAUGCAGAAUGCUGGUCGGUGUUGGUGAGGCAUCUUUUAUCAGCCUUGCUGCUCCAUUCAUUGAUGACAAUGCCCCAGUUGAUCAGGUUUGAUUUGCAGUGUGAUUCAGUUAUGCA